AAAAUCAUUAUAUCAACAAUUUAAAAGCGCCUCGCGCGACUUUUUGUUUAAAUAAGUGCUUUAUGUAAAAAACAACGACGGUAUUUGUUUGAAAACUGUUUCGAUAUGCCGCACAAGUACAUUGACAGCCGCAUCUACAAGUCUGAAUUAAGAAAUAAUUGUAAGAGUUGACAAAAUGGCUGUGUUGAAAUCAUGGUAUGUACUAGUUUUUCUUAUAACCAGUGUAUGGUCUUCCGACGACCAGGUAGAAAAGGAGAGUUAUUUAGACAAAUUACAAAGCUUAAAGCAAUUGGCUACCGGUUACAAUAACCAAGACGAAUAUGAUCGUAAAAAAUUGGAAAAUUUGUCUCUCGUUGAUUUGCGCCAAAAACAUUUGGACUUGUACCGUUACCUGGAAUGCGGAUACUUUUACAGCACUCUGUUUCAUUUGAAAUUAAUGGGCGAUGCGGUUUUCGACAACAUCAAAGAUAUUCUCACGCCAGAGACAAUUGAGGAUUUCUUGUUCGAUAAAGAAGCGUCUAUGAUGCUCGAUUCGUUGUUGGUUCCAAACAACUAUGAGGUAAAAAAUCUUUGGUUAGUUUUUAUAUACACCCGCCAAAUAAGGGUUUUCUUUGGGCAAAUUGUUAAUGACGGUGGUAAGUUUAGUUCGAAAGUUUUAAACAAAACACGACGGAUGCACGAAUUCGUGUUAACCGAAAUUGAAAAAGACUUGGACCGCUGCAUGUGUCCAUUGGAAAACUCUUUCAACAUAAAUUACGAAAACCAUAAUUCGUUGGCAGAGCAACAACUGUCUUUGUGUAAUAAUUCAGAAGCUGAAUCUGCCAGUGCUGCAAACAAUGGCAGCGUGAUAGAUGCAAUACAACAGAAAAAAAGAUUACUGCAUAACAAUUUCGAAAAAAACCGGCAGAGAGGACUAUUGGAGUUCUCGAUGUCCGAAUCAUUAACGGACGGCUUGUUUCUUUUUCACGACAAGGAAACAUACAAAUUGAUUAUUGACGAAUUUGUGGUCGACAAUUCCAAUAGGUCAACACUCUUUAUCAGCGCACCUUUUCCGAAUAUCACAAGUGGGUUGGAGGGAGUCAAAGUACUUAAAAAGAGACAGCGUCAGAUUAUCGGCACGUUAAAAAUAUUAAUGCUGGAAAUGAUGUUGUCUUACACUCUUAAAUCUCAAGAUCGGAAAAGCGACCAAUUCAUUGAGUUUUUGAACUACACAAACACGUUCAAAUUACAAAUCGUAGGCAAGUUUAUGGACAUAAUGUCGUUGCACGAUAAUGUGGCAUUCAAAAACGUCUAUGAAAUAUUCGCAAGUUGCCUAUUGCACGAGAAAGAUCUCUUUAGUUUUAUCAAAUGCAUGAGCAAGGUUCAACAAAAAAUGUAUAGGUUGAUUAAUGUAAUCACGAAUAAUAUUCUUUUACCCAAAAUCAAAUCAAUAGUGAGCGAUUGUGAAGGCGAGAACGUAAUAUCAAAGCCUACCGUUGAAGACUUUCUUAGAGUAGGCAAAAUGUUUGUAGAUAAAAUUGAAAAUCAUAUUAUACCACAUUCGAUCAGGUUGGCGGAAUCGUUUUGGAUUAUGGUCCGUGAAAAAAUACUAACUAAUACUUCUACUACGUCUCGCGAUGAAGCUAAUUGACCUAAAACAUAUUAUAUUAUAUAACCAUAAAAAAUAAUU